AUGGCCCAGCCCUACCCCCCGGCCCAGUAUCCCCCUCCGCCACAGAACGGCAUCCCUGCCGAGUACGCCCCACCCCCACCGCACCCCACGCCGGACUACUCGGGCCAGACCCCGGUCCCCCCAGAGCAUGGCAUGACUCUGUACACACCAGCACAGACCCACCCGGAGCAGCCGAGCAGUGACACCAGCCCACAGCCCAUCACAGGGGCCCAGACCGUGCCGCAGACAGACGAGGCGGCACAGACGGACAGCCAGCCACUCCACCCCUCCGACCCCACAGAGAAGCAGCAGCCCAAGCGGCUGCACGUCUCCAACAUCCCCUUCCGGUUCAGGGACCCCGACCUGCGGCAAAUGUUCGGGCAAUUCGGAAAAAUUUUAGACGUGGAGAUCAUUUUUAACGAGCGGGGCUCCAAGGGUUUUGGGUUUGUAACUUUUGAAACUAGCUCAGAUGCUGACCGAGCCCGGGAGAAGCUGAAUGGGACGAUCGUAGAGGGCCGGAAAAUUGAGGUCAAUAACGCCACAGCCCGGGUCAUGACCAACAAGAAGACUGCCAACCCCUACACCAACGGCUGGAAGCUAAAUCCGGUGGUAGGGGCAGUCUAUGGACCUGAAUUCUAUGCAGUGACGGGGUUCCCCUAUCCCACCACCGGCACAGCCGUUGCCUACAGGGGCGCGCACCUACGGGGUCGGGGCCGGGCUGUAUACAAUACGUUCCGGGCUGCACCGCCCCCGCCCCCCAUCCCGACUUACGGAGCGGUCGUGUAUCAGGAUGGCUUUUAUGGUGCUGAGAUUUAUGGAGGCUAUGCCGCCUACAGAUACGCUCAGCCAGCAGCAGCUGCAGCCGCCUACAGUGACAGUUAUGGCAGAGUCUACGCGGCUGCUGACCCCUACCACCACACCAUCGGCCCCGCGGCGACCUACAGCAUUGGAACCAUGGCUAGCCUCUGCCGAGGAGGGUACAGCCGCUUCACCCCCUACUAG